GGGAGAGAGAGAGAGAGAGAGAAUACAACUCCUAGCCCAGCCCCACGGGCUCCCUGUAAGCAGCCAAAGUUGGAGGAAGACACCGAUCUUUGGGCGUUCCCACAGGGAUAUCCCCUCUUACCUUGGCAGCCAGGCUGAAAGGGCGCCAAGGUGCCCUGCGGAAUGACAACUCUUGUUCCUGCAACCCUCUCCUUUCUUCUCCUCUGGAUCCUGCCAGGGCAGGUCCUCCUCAGGGUGGCCUUCGCAAAAGAUGAUGUCAAAUCUGGGACCAAGGGGCCCCAGCCCAUGUCACCUUCUGAUUUCUUGGACAAGCUCAUGGGGCGCACAUCUGGUUAUGAUGCCAGGAUUCGACCUAAUUUUAAAGGCCCACCCGUGAAUGUGACCUGCAACAUCUUCAUCAACAGUUUCGGCUCCGUCACUGAGACCACUAUGGACUACAGGGUGAAUGUCUUCUUGCGGCAGCAGUGGAAUGAUCCACGUCUGGCCUACCGAGAAUAUCCUGAUGACUCUCUUGACCUGGAUCCCUCAAUGCUGGACUCUAUCUGGAAGCCAGACCUGUUCUUUGCCAAUGAGAAAGGGGCCAACUUCCAUGAGGUGACCACAGACAACAAAUUGCUGCGCAUCUUCAAGAAUGGGAAUGUGCUCUACAGCAUCAGGUUGACCCUCAUCCUGUCCUGUCCAAUGGACCUCAAGAACUUCCCCAUGGACAUCCAGACCUGCACAAUGCAGCUGGAGAGCUUCGGCUACACCAUGAAUGACCUCGUGUUUCAGUGGUUGGAAGAUGCUCCUGCUGUGCAAGUGGCUGAGGGCCUGACCUUGCCCCAGUUUAUCUUGCGGGAUGAGAAGGAUCUAGGCUACUGCACCAAGCACUACAACACAGGGAAAUUCACCUGCAUCGAGGUAAAGUUUCACCUGGAACGGCAGAUGGGUUACUAUCUGAUUCAGAUGUACAUCCCCAGCUUGCUCAUCGUCAUCCUGUCCUGGGUCUCCUUCUGGAUCAAUAUGGAUGCUGCCCCUGCCCGUGUAGGCCUCGGCAUCACCACCGUGCUCACCAUGACCACUCAGAGCUCUGGUUCCCGGGCCUCUUUGCCCAAGGUAUCCUAUGUGAAGGCCAUUGACAUCUGGAUGGCCGUGUGCCUACUGUUUGUUUUUGCUGCCCUGCUGGAAUAUGCCGCUGUCAAUUUCGUCUCUCGUCAGCAUAAGGAAUUUAUGAGACUUCGAAGAAGGCAGAGGCGCCAGCACAUGGAGGAAGAUAUCAUCCGAGAAAGUCGCUUCUAUUUCCGUGGCUAUGGCUUGGGCCAGUGCCUGCAGGCAAGGGAUGGAGGCCCAGUAGAAGGUUCUGGCAUGUAUAGCCCCCAACCUCCAGCGCCUCUUCUGAGAGAGGGAGAAACCAUGCGGAAACUCUAUGUGGACCGAGCCAAGAAAAUUGACACCAUUUCCCGGGCUGUCUUCCCUUUCACUUUCCUCAUCUUUAAUAUCUUCUACUGGGUUGUGUAUAAAGUGUUACGGGCAGAAGAUAUCCACCAGGCACUGUGAAUAGGGUUGGGUCUGUGAAGUCCAGCUCGGUUUCCUGUUUGCUUCUGGGUGGGCUCUCCUUCGCCCUUAGAUUCCAUCAGGGGAUUUGACAGUUCCUUCCCAAUUCCCAAUUCAAAACAUAAACUUACCUGUCCUACAGCUGUGUUAUCCUACAUUGCAUGGUGCCAUGGUGGCUGUACUUAGAAGGAUGGCUCAUUCACCCUAACUCAAACUUUCUCCAUAUUUUCCCAUUGCUCAUCAGACUGAGCUUUGCGUUCCUGGAGCCAGUAUAAACUCUCGCACUUGCUGGUGCCUCUCUAUUUUACAAUAUGCUGGAGAAUUUUCAGACCAAUGUUACUAGAUUCUCACAUUUGUCAUCUUUUUUUAAUUUUAUGAUACACUCCCAUAGGCUCUGAGAUUUCCCCUCCUCCCUUCCCCAGAUCCCCUCCCCCAUCUGUUUCCCCCCAUAUUAUUUACAAUAGUAUAGUCCUUUUAAAACAGUCUGAAGUCCAUCAUUCUGCCAUUGUCAUAAUCUGCACUACUCCUCACCCUACUGCCUCCCAGUCAAGAGUCUGGACUUUGCCCUGUCCUUUGUCUCUCCUAUUGCAGAAUAAAAUGGGGUAUCUUUCCCAUCCAUAAGGGCAGCCCAGUGUGACUCCAUAAGGCUUCUUUGGGGGUGACAGGAGGACAAGUCACACGUUAGCCACCUCCCAACAAAGUUUGGAACACUCAUGGGCUGCCCUGGGGUGGGAAGCUAUGUUUUAUGUUCCAAAAGAGUGGUGUUUGAGCUUCUGGAAGACCCAAACUGUCAGAAUUGAGGCAGGAACUUUGAACUCUCAGGAAAAUCCUUCCAGAUCCUACUAAACUUUCUGAUUUCAUACUA